AUGUUGGCUUUUAAUAGUACUGCCUCUAAUUGGCCCACUUUCUCCUUCAUUGGUAUUCCUGGUCUGGAGGCUGCACAUAUAUGGAUCUCCAUCCCCUUCUGUGUCCUCUACCUCAUAGCCCUUGUGGGUAAUGCUCUUCUUCUUAUCCUAGUAACAGCAGAGCAGAAUCUUCAUGAACCUCAGUUCUAUUUUUUGGCUGUGCUUGCCCUUACUGACCUAGGCCUUUCAUUGUCCACAAUGCCUAGUAUCUUGGCUGUCUUCUGGUUUGAUGCCCGCCAUGUCGGCCUGGAUGCCUGCCUAACUCAAAUGUUCUUCAUCCACACCCUCUCCUCAGUAGAAUCAGGUGUCCUGGUGGCCAUGGCUUUUGACCGUUUGGUAGCUAUCUGUGCUCCACUAAACUACACCAGGAUCCUUACCCACUCUACCGUUGCCUGCCUUAGUGGGGCUGCCCUCAUACGAGGUGCCACUCUGCUGGCUCCUCUGCCUUUUUUCCUUAGGACCUUUCCUUUCUGUGGGGCUAAUAUCCUCUCACACUCUUAUUGCUACUACCCAGAUGUGCUGAACCUGGCCUGUGGGGAUGUCUCUUUCAGUAGUACCUAUGGAUUGGUUUUUGUACUCUGCACGUUUGCAGUGGAUGUGGUCUUCAUCAUAACUUCAUACAUGAAGAUAUUGGGCACUAUUAUGAAGCUAAAGACUCAAGACAGAAACUGGAGAUCGCUGCACACCUGUGCCUGCCACAUAUGCACGGUGCUUGUGUUUUACCUGCCCCUCAUCAGCUUAGCAGUGCUGCAUCGCUAUACCCGGGGUGCUUCUCCUAUUCUAUAUACCACCAUGAGUAAUGCCUACCUCCUCAUGACACCACUGCUCAACCCUCUUGUAUAUAGUCUCAAAUCCCAGCAGAUCCAGGCUGCCUUACGCAAGAGAUUUUGGGUGCAACGUGUUAUUGCUGGGGAAUGA